GUGAACUCGGACAAUAACUUUCUACACCAUAUUUUUUGCCUUUUUUUUUUACCAUUGAUCCGCACUUGUGGGACCUCAGCACUGUUCCUACACCGUUCGACUAAGCUUGUGCAGAAGCCAGAAAAAAGGAGUUGUCAUCAUGGCGCUAAUGAUACUUCCAUUCAUCGGAUCAGUGUCGGUAUCUGAGAGUUUGGUGGCCCUGACAGCCUUGUGUCUGGUCUACCUGAUCCUCAAGUUUUUCCGCACUGAGAUUCCUGAGGGGCUUCGUCAGCUGCCUGGACCGAAGCCCCUGCCUAUCAUUGGGAAUGUGCUGGAGGUGGGCAGCAAACCUCACCUGAGUCUCACCACCAUGAGCAAGCGCUACGGCCAUGUCUUCCAGAUCCAGAUUGGCAUGCGUCCCGUGGUCGUGCUGAGUGGCCUUGAAACGGUUCGACAGGCUCUCAUCAAGCAAGGGGACGAGUUUGCGAGCAGACCUGACCUGUACAGCUUCAGCUUCAUCAACGAUGGCAAGAGUCUGGCCUUCAGUACCGACCAGGCCGGUGUCUGGCGUGCCCGCAGGAAGCUGGCCUACAGUGCCCUGCGCUCCUUCUCCACCCUGGAGGGCACAACACCAGAGUACUCCUGCAUGCUGGAGGAACACAUCUGCAAAGAGGGAGAGUAUCUGAUCAAGCAGCUCGACACUGUCAUGAAGGCCGACGGCAGCUUCGACCCCUUCCGCCACAUUGUUGUCUCUGUCGCUAAUGUGAUCUGUGGAAUGUGCUUUGGCCGACGCUACGACCACGAUAACGAGGAGCUGCUCAGAUUGGUGAACCUCAGUGAUGAGUUUGGCCAGGUGGCAGGCAGCGGUAACCCUGCAGACUUCAUCCCUAUUCUUCGAUUCCUGCCCAACGCAGCGAUGAAGAAGUUUGUGACCAUCAAUGCCGACUUCAACACAUUUGUGACAAAGAUCGUUAGGGAGCACUAUGCCACCUUUGACAAGAACAACGUUCGUGACAUCACCGAUUCCCUCAUUGAUCACUGUGAGGACAGGAAGCUGGAUGAGAACUGCAAUGUCCAGAUGUCAGAUGAGAAGAUUGUAGGAAUUGUCAACGACCUGUUUGGAGCUGGUUUUGACACCGUCUCUACUGCCCUGUCUUGGGCAGUGAUGUACAUGGUGUCUUACCCAGAGAUACAGGAAAGGCUCUAUCAAGAACUGAAGGACAAUGUGGGUCUGGAUCGCACACCUCUUCUCUCUGACAAAUCCAAAUUACCCUUCCUGGAGGCCUUCAUCCUAGAGCUCCUUCGCCAUUCUUCAUUCCUGCCCUUCACAAUCCCUCACUGCACAUCAAAAGACACAUCUCUAAAUGGCUACUUCAUUCCGAAAGACACCUGUGUCUUCAUCAAUCAGUGGCAGAUAAACCAAGAUCCGGAGACGUGGAAAGAUCCAUCUACCUUCAACCCAGACCGCUUCUUGAGCUGUAAUGGCACUGAGGUGAACAAGCUGGACGGGGAAAAAGUGAUGAUUUUUGGCAUGGGAAAGCGCCGCUGCAUUGGCGAGGUCAUUGCACGAAAUGAAGUCUUCCUCUUCUUGGCAAUCAUCAUUCAGAAGCUGCAAUUCCACGGGAUUCCUGGAGAGCUGCUGGACAUGACCCCAGAAUACGGUCUGACAAUGAAGCACAAACGCUGCCAACUGAGAGCCACAAUGCGAGCAAGAAAUUAGCAGUGAAGCUAUUUAGAAUGUACAAUGCACUGCUCAGAAGGCGGUGUAAGUUGACUGUAACACUGUAUGGGUCACCGACAGGUUAAGAGGCAGUGAAAGAAGCAUCUCUCUCAGAAUGUAAGGCCCUUGUUGCCAAAUUUGAUCUACAGAGCUAAUGGCAUUGAAGAAAAUAAGUGAAUGUUGCCUGCCGCAGAUUGUCAGAGAUGUCUAGGUUUGUAUGAACAUAUCGCUGUCAAGUUUUUGGUUCUGUAAGAGAUUCCUGCACAUGAUUGCUGCUUCUCAGUGAAGUAUAAGGAGUUAUUUGGUUCUCCUGCGUUGUGUAAGAAAGUAAACUUCUCUCAUUAAGAAGUUGUAAAAAUACUCAGAGACUAAGUUACCCUGUUCAUCUUUGGGACAAACAGUAUGUUUUACUGGAUAGGCAUUACUAUUUAGACCACUGUACACAACAUGUUUCCUUUAUGACACAGGACUCUGAACUUAGCAGAUUUUAACAUCUAACACCACUCACACUUAAGCUAAUUAUUUUGAUUACAUUAUAAUGGGAAUGUAAGACACUGAAGCUAUAUUUGUAUCCCAAAAUGUGAUUUUGCUUGUAAAUCAAGUGCUUUGUAUUUUAUAAAGUAAUUUUUUAUGUGCCUAGCGUUUGUAUAUAUUUGAGGUGAAUUAGUUUUGCUGUGUAUCUAUAUGAAAUAUCAGGAGACCAAGAGAGGUCCAGUGGAAUAUAGUCGAAGGCUAUACAGUUUUGUUUUUCUAUCUUUAAUGUAUCAGUGAUUAUAUAACAUAUCAAGGCAUGUGAUUGGAGGAUCCUGUAAUCAGCCAUACAAAUAAAAUUAAAAUAUGUGGUAA